UGUAGAUUUGCCACCACGAGUUGAAUUUUUUACCAAAUAUAUUCCCGAUGAGAUACUACAACAAAUGGCUGAUAUGACAAAUUUAUAUGGUACACAAAAAAAUAUUGCUAGAUUUCCACCUACAAACUUGGAUGAAAUCAAGACUUUUAUUGGGGUCCAUAUUGUUAUGGGAAACUUACAGUUUCCUAGAGUCUGCAUGUAUUGGCACCGUAGUAUGGGAAUACCAUUAGUAAAAGAUUCCCUAAGUCUGUCUAGAUUCUACAAGUUGCGACAGACAAUAUAUUUGGUCGAUAUUUUGAGUCGCAAUGAAGACAACAAAGAUAGAUUGUGGAAAGUCAGAUGUCUGUACGAGUCAGUAAGAAAAAGAUGCCAGCAGCUACCACUAGAAACUAACUUGUGUGUCGAUGAGCAAAUAGUCCCAUUCAAGGGACAAAUAAAUAUAAAACAAUAUAUGAAAAACAAACCCAACAAAUGGGGUAUCAAAAUAUACAUCUUGGCUGGCCAGAGUGGACUGAUAUAUGAUUUCUUGAUUUAUCAAGGUUCAACAACGCCCAUUAAUCCCAUUUACGUAAAAUAUGGAUCGGCAGCUGCUGUAGUUAUGCAACUUAGUGAAAGAAUAUCUGAGAAAAACCACGGCCUAUUUUUUGACAAUUUCUUUAGUACCUAUAAGUUGAUCCAAUAUCUGGACUCCAUAUAUAAAGUAGCCUUAAAACCAAUAUGGACAUAUGGUGUACAACUAUGGGGUACGGCCGCAAACUCAAACAUAGAGAUAUUGGAACGCUUUCAGUCGAAGGUACUACGGACCAUAACAAAUGCACCUUGGUUUAUACCUAACAGAGAAAUCAGAGACGAUCUUCAAGUAGCCACAGUAAAGGAGACAGUGAGUGAAUACAGCAGCCGCUAUUUGGUAAAAUUAGAAAACCACCCUAAUAAUCUUGCACUAAACCUGCUGGAUAAUAGUGAGCAGACUCGGAGACUGAGGAGGCACAAACCACUGGAGCUACCACAUAGGUUCUAAGCAGCAAUGAAGUGAAGUGUCGUGCAGUGCAGUGCAGUGAACUACUUACCCUUUCAGGGCACAGUUCAAUAAUUUAAGAGGCUAGUGGAGUUUUUGUUAUCAUUGGAUAACAAAUCCAAAUUUAUACUUACACCCCUUUGAACAAACAA